AUGUACCUAAAAGAACCAAAAAAAUAUGUCCACACAAAAACAUGUACAUGAAUCUUCACAGAAGCACUAUUUACAAUAGCCCCAAAGUGGAAACAACCCAAGUGUCCAUUAGCUGAUGAAUGGGUAAAUGAAACACAGUUGAUCUGCACAAUGCAGUGUUAUUCAAGAAUGAAGCACUGACAUAUGCUCCUAUGUGGAUGAACCUUGAAAACAUGAUGCUGCGUGAGAGAAGCGAGACACAAAAGGCCACGUGCUGUACGAUCCCAUUUAUGUGAAAUGCCCAGGAUAGACAAAUCCAUAGAGACAGAAAGCAGAUGGUGUUAGCCAGGGGCUGGAGGGAGGGGGUGUGGGGAGUGAGUGCUACUAGGUAUGGGGUUUCCUUUGGAGGUGAUGAAGAUCUUCUGGGACUUGAUAGAGGGGAUGAUGGCCCAACUUUGUGAAGGUACUAAAUGCCGCUGCAUUGUACAAUUUAAAAGGGUGAAUUCUGUGGCAUGUGAAUUACAUCUCGACAAAUCCAAAAAUUAGGAGCCAUGCCUUCAGAUGGGAUCAAAGGAUGGGCUGCCCCCAGCUGUUGCCAAAUAACCUGGUACCACUGCCAUUUGCAUCCGUCCCUCUUUUUAGCCACCUGCCUCCAGGUCUCCAUGUCAACGGGGCAUGGAAACAACAGUGUUUAACUCCAGCCGUGCUACCCACUCAUUUGGAACUUGUACUUUCAACCAGGGCCAGCUUGAGACAUGUGGAUGUCUGGGCGAGCUAGAAAUUUGGCACCCCAUCAAACCAGUAUUCUUUAAGUGUUUGUUUGACAUUUAUUUAGUGGGCAUGAGCAGAGACUGAUAUUCUAUUAUUAGACAUUGUGUAGAGAAACAGAUUCACUUACUAAUUCAUGUCCACUGACUGAAAGAGUUAGAGAUCUGAAAAAUUUUCAGGAAAGCAAUUCUGACUUUUGUGUUAUCUUCCAAGGAUGGAGGUGUUUUUUUUUUUUUUUUUUUCUUUUUUCCCUCCUGCAGUUUUCCAAAUCAUUCAAGAGGCACGUUGAAGAUUUAUUUAGAUUUAAGACUUAUAAAGAGAGGCUCUAAGAUACAGCACGAUGAUUACAGUUGAUCACACUGUACUGUGUAAGGGAGAUUUGCAAAGAGUAGAACUUAAGGGUUCUCGCCACAAAUUAAAAAAAAAAUGUGGUGAUAGAAUAAUAAACUCCACGGUGGAAACCCUUUCACAAUGCAUACGUCUGUUGGAUUAUCACCCUAUGCACUUUAAAUAUCUCAUGAUUUUAUUUGUCAAUUAUAUUUCAAUAAAACUGGGGAGGGGAACUCGAAGAAAUGCAGUGUUUUCUUUGUGUUCCUGGCAAACAGCAACACAUCAUGCAUUAUUUAGUUCCAGAAGCUCCCCUUCUGACCCCCCAGGAGCCCAGCUACAGGUGCGCCUGGAACACGCAUGCAACAAAGCCCAGCACAGAAUUGUGUUCUGCGGAAUUGUGUUCUGUUUUGAUUUUCCAUUCCCCUUAAGGGAGUGGCCAAUGUGCUUUUCGCUCUUUGUGGGGGAGGUCGCUGGAGGAAACCCAGGUCCUCUGGCAGCAUCUUCCUACUUCCUUCCAGGUUCUUUUUACGCCCCCUGCCCCUAAAGCACUGUCCUCCUAGGAGCUGCCUCACAUCUUAAGUUGACCCUGUGUUCAACCUUUUGGAUUUUAAAUGCUUUUUUUUUUUUUUGUCAGAAAAACCUUCUCCUCACCGUGCACCUCUGUGUGAGUAGUAUGCAUCCUUUCUCGCUGCCCCUGCGGAUCUCCUUUGGGCGGGUAUGAGUCACAGCUGACCUCCUCACCCUGGGAGAAGCUUCACGGUUGGGGGGGGGGGCUACUAUGUUGCCAUGGCAACCUCUAACCCUCUAGGCCAGGUUUCCUGACUUCUCAAAUGGGGAGACUCGUCUUGACCUCCCAGAGGGGUUGGAGGUGUUGUGAUGAAAGCUAAGAAGUGGGAUGGAGGAGAAACCCUGCAGAGGUAGGGUGCGUGUGCCAGGGCGAGCUAUGGGUUCUGGUGGGAUGGAGUAGGGGAGCCUGCGUGUCUCAUGUGCCCAGCAGGGCUCUGGAACCCAGGACCCUUGGGACAUUUUGUUCUUUGGGGAGUCGAGCGUGUGUGUUGGGAUGGAGGUGCAGGGCAAAGAUGGAGCUUCAACCCCUUCAGUCUCGACCCAAAGAGGAAUUUGCAGACUUGGCCGUGGCUUCCCCAGGAGGGAGUGUGGGACUGUGCUGGGGUGGGCGGCGUGUGAAAAGCCAGUCUCUGUGGCUUGCAGCCACACCUCCCACUGCUGUGCCGUCGCUGGUUCUUUUCACCUCCCUAGUUAGCUUCUCUUCCUCCUCUGAACUCUUACUGCCUGCAUCCUCACUCUGCAGUUGAUCACUUUCGUCGUUCUGAGCCCCUGUGAAGUUCCCCUCUUUUACCUCUAGUGUCCCCAGAGCACCUGGUGCCUGGCCUCAGCCCUUGGAGUAGGUUUGCUCUGGAGUUGAAUCAGUUCCUGGAGCAGUCAGGGCUUCUGGAGUCCGCAGGGGGCUGCCUACCUGUCCUGGUCACUGGAAGGCCUCCGGGCUGCUGCCUGCCUCUUGGGCACCUUACAGGGGAUGCAGAUGUGUCAGACAAACAAGAAUAUGUGUUGAGCUGCAGAUGUGGGCCAUGGGAGCAUCCCUGGUCCUGCUGGGAGUCCUGGGUUGGGUGGUGGCUUUAGUGAUACCUGUGCCUUUUCAAAACGGUCGUCUUGUAGGCGAUUGCACCUGGGACACUCAGGACAUCUAUUUCGCUGCCUUUUUCAUUUGGUUGCGCUUGUCUCUGAUCUCUGGGUUUCUGGCGGACGUGGGCCUCCAGGCACACACUGCCUAAGUUCAGGGGCUUGAUAGGAAGGGGAGGGUCAUCUGCAUCACCCCAGAUGCUGACUGUGACCCUGUCCUAGGCAUCAAGAUGCUGGCAGCUGCUCCCUGAGCAAUCUGGGCUGGUGUGUUGUGCCCCCUCCUUGCCCUGUCUUCCACCUGCCUCCCCUCUGCAGCUUGAGUUCCCGAGGUCCCACAGUCCCAAAGGUUGAUGGGUGAAAAGUUUCAGGUUUGAGGCUGAGAGCUCCGAGCUGGGCUUCUGAAAUAAGAAGACUUCCCGCAUGUGCCAGGGGUGUGGGUUCUGGUUCCCUGAGCAGUCUUCCUUAGCAGGAGGAGCCCUGGGCAGUGUUGGGUGUGUCUGCCUACAGAAAUGCAUCCUGGACUGGGUCCCUUUGGUCAAAUGAAGAUUCUUCUAGCCAGGCCUCCCCUGUUCUGUGCUUUGGGCACAUCUGGAUUUCUGGUCCCUGGCAUUGCUCAGGAUGAGGCCUGGCUUUGUCAGUUUCCUCGGCGGUGCUGAGUGAUCAAUCAGCCGCGUAUCUCACCCUUCCCCCGCUGGGCUUCUCCCUGCAGGAUGCUGGCAAGUGUGUCCUCGUCCCCGACUCCCUUCUGAGGGCCCCAAGAGCAGGACAUCGGCAGUGCCUUCUCCCCCAGACCCACAGGGGUCCUUGGUGAAUUUUGUCAUGGUUAUUUAAGGAACCUUGCCUAGAAGUCCCAACACGCAGUUCCCCAUUGACGGGAAGGCUUGGACUCCAAGAUGAUUAUAAAGGAAUAUCGGAUUCCUCUGCCAAUGACUGUGGAGGAGUACCGCAUCGCCCAGCUGUACAUGAUACAGAAGAAGAGCCGUAAUGAGACGUACGGCGAAGGCAGCGGCGUGGAGAUCCUGGAGAACCGGCCAUACACGGACGGGCCCGGAGGCUCUGGGCAGUACACGCACAAGGUGUACCAUGUGGGCAUGCACAUCCCCAGCUGGUUCCGCUCCAUCCUGCCCAAGGCAGCCCUGCGGGUGGUGGAGGAGUCCUGGAAUGCCUACCCCUACACCCGAACCAGGUUCACUUGCCCUUUUGUGGAGAAAUUCUCCAUUGACAUCGAAACCUUUUAUAAAACGGACGCUGGAGAAAACCCCAAUGUGUUCAGCCUGUCUCCUGUGGAAAAGAACCAGCUGACCAUCGAUUUCAUUGACAUUGUCAAGGACCCCGUGCCCCCCAGUGAGUAUAAGACGGAAGAGGACCCCAAGCUGUUCCACUCGACCAAGACCCAGCGGGGGCCCCUGUCUGAGAACUGGAUCGAGGAGUAUAAGCAGCAGGUCUUCCCCAUCAUGUGUGCCUACAAGCUCUGCAAGGUGGAGUUCCGCUACUGGGGCAUGCAGUCCAAGAUCGAGAGGUUCAUCCACGACACGGGCUUGCGGAAGGUGAUGGUGAGGGCCCAUCGGCAGGCCUGGUGCUGGCAGGACGAGUGGUUUGGGCUGAACAUGGACAAUAUCCGGGAGCUGGAGAAGGAGGCACAGCUCAUGCUGUCCCGAAAGAUGGCCCAGUUCAAUGAGGGUGACAAGGAGGCCGCAGAGCUGGCCAAGGACGAGGCCACCCAGGACCAGGCCCCCAGGGAGUCCCCCCAGCCCAGUGGCAGUAGUGGGGAGCCCCUGGCGGGCAGGGGCCUGAAGAAGCAGUGGUCCACAUCUUCCAAGUCGUCCCGGUCAUCCAAGCGGGGAGCAAGUCCUUCCCGCCACAGCAUCUCAGAGUGGAGGAUGCAGAGUAUCGCCCGCGACUCAGAUGAGAGCUCAGACGACGAGUUCUUUGACGCUCAUGAGGACCUGUCUGACUCAGAGGAAAUGUUCCCCAAGGACAUCACCAAGUGGAACUCCAACGACCUCAUGGACAAAAUCGAAAGCCCUGAGCCAGAGGACACACAAGACGGUCUGUACCGCCAGAGCGCCCCUGAGUUCAGGGUGGCCUCCAGUGUGGAGCAGCUGAACAUCAUUGAGGAUGAGGUCAGCCCGCCGCUGGCCGCGCCACCCUCCAAGAUCCACGUGCUGCUGCUGCUGCUGCAUGGAGGCACCAUCCUGGACACAGGCACUGGGGACGCCAGCUCCAAGCAGGGCGACGCCAACACCAUCGCCACGGUGUUCGACACUGUCAUGCGUGUGCACUACCCCAGUGCCCUGGGCCACCUCGCCAUCCGCCUGGUGCCCUGCCCGCCCAUCUGCUCUGAUGCCUUCGCCCUUGUCUCUGACCUCAGCCCCUACAGCCACGAUGAAGGCUGUCUGUCCAGCAGCCAGGACCACAUCCCCUUGGCUGCCCUGCCCCUGCUGGCGACCUCCUCACCCCAGUACCAGGAGGCCGUUGCCACAGUGAUUCAGCGGGCCAACCUCGCCUAUGGUGACUUCAUCAAGUCCCAGGAGGGCGUGACCUUCAAUGGGCAGGUCUGCCUGAUCGGGGACUGCGUCGGGGGCAUCCUGGCAUUUGAUGCCUUAUGCUGCAGCAACCAGCCGGUGUCUGAGAGUCAGAGCAGCAGCCGCCGGGGCAGUGUGGCCAGUGUGCAGGACACUGACCUGCUGUCCCCUGGCACGAUGGUCAAUGCGGCACACAGUGGUGGUGGCAGCAACCUGGAGAGCAGCCGGCAUCUGAGCCGAAGCAACAUUGACAUCCCCCGAAGCAAUGGCGCUGAGGACCCCAAGCGGCAGCUACCCCGCAAAAGGAGCGACUCGUCCACCUACGAGCUGGAUACCAUCCAGCAGCACCAGGCCUUCCUGUCCAGCCUCCAUGCCAGUGUGCUGAGGAACGAGCCCAGCUCCCGCCGCUCAAGCAGCUCCACCAUGCUGGAUGGCGCAGGGGCCGUGGGCAAGUUCGACUUUGAGAUCGCGGACCUCUUCCUCUUCGGGUGCCCGCUGGGGCUGGUCCUAGCCUUGAGGAAGACUGUCAUCCCCUCCCUGGAUGUUUUCCAGCUCCGGCCCGCCUGCCAGCAAGUCUACAACCUCUUCCACCCCGCUGACCCGUCAGCCUCGCGCCUGGAGCCGCUGCUGGAGAGGCGAUUCCACGCCCUGCCGCCUUUCAGCAUCCCUCGCUACCAGCGCUACCCACUGGGGGACGGCUGCUCGACGCUGCUGGUCGAGACCGUGCAGAGAAACCCCGAGCUGGUCCUGGAGGGCGGCCCCCUGGGCCCUCUCCCUCAUGGGGACGGCUUCCUGGAAACCAGUAUCCCUGUUCCCGCGCUCACCUGGCAAGACGGGCCCCGCCCGAGCCCGGGCUGUGCUGAGUCGGAUGCACUCCAGACCCACAACACGGUCUUCCAAGAGCACGCAGCCCCCUCCUCACCCGGCUCAGCCCCCACCACCCGAGGUUUCCGCCGAGCCAGCGAGAUCAGCAUUGCCAGCCAGGUGUCGGGCAUGGCUGAGAGCUACACGGCGUCCAGCAUUGCUCAGAAGGCCCCAGGGCCGCUCAGCCACACCCCCAGCAUCAGGCGCCUGUCCCUGCUUGCCCUUCCCCACCCAGUCCCCACCACCCCGGGCUCCUGCCCGCAGAGGGCCCCCCGCCUCCCCAACCUGGACAUCAGAGAAGUUGCUGCAAAGUGGUGGGGCCAGAAGCGGAUCGACUAUGCCCUGUACUGCCCCGAUGCCCUGACUGCCUUCCCUACCGUGGCCCUGCCCCACCUCUUCCACGCCAGCUACUGGGAGUCGACGGAUGUGGUCUCCUUCCUGCUGAGACAGGUCAUGAGGCACGACAGUUCCAGCAUCUUGGAGCUGGAUGGCAAGGAGGUCUCGGUGUUCACCCCCUCGAAGCCAAGAGAGAAGUGGCAGCGCAAGAGGACCCAUGUGAAGCUGCGGAACGUGACAGCCAACCACCGGAUCAAUGACGCAGUCGCCAAUGAGGAUGGCCCCCAGGUCCUGACGGGCCGGUUCAUGUACGGGCCCCUGGACAUGGUCACCCUGACCGGGGAGAAGGUGGACGUGCACAUCAUGAUGCAGCCACCCUCGGGGGAGUGGCUGUACCUGGACACGCUGGUGACCAACAGCAGUGGGCGCGUCUCCUACACCAUCCCCGAGACCCACCGCCUGGGCGUGGGCGUCUACCCCAUCAAGAUGGUGGUCAGGGGAGACCACACGUUUGCCGACAGCUACAUCACCGUGCUGCCCAAGGGCACAGAGUUUGUGGUCUUCAGCAUCGAUGGCUCAUUUGCCGCCAGUGUGUCCAUCAUGGGCAGCGACCCCAAAGUGCGGGCCGGGGCUGUGGACGUGGUGCGGCACUGGCAGGACCUGGGCUACCUCAUCAUCUACGUGACGGGCCGACCUGACAUGCAGAAGCAGCGGGUGGUGGCAUGGCUGGCCCAACACAACUUCCCCCAUGGCGUGGUGUCUUUCUGUGACGGCCUGGUGCAUGACCCGCUGCGGCACAAGGCCAACUUCCUGAAGCUGCUCAUCUCCGAGCUGCACUUGCGUGUGCACGCGGCCUACGGCUCCACCAAGGACGUGGCGGUCUACAGCUCCAUCAGCCUGUCCCCCAUGCAGAUCUACAUCGUGGGCCGGCCCACCAAGAAGCUGCAGCAGCAGUGCCAGUUCAUCACUGAUGGCUACGCAGCCCACCUGGCCCAGCUCAAGUACAACCACCGGGCGAGGCCGGCCCGCAACGCAGCCACCCGCAUGGCACUGCGCAAGGGCAGCUUCGGCCUGCCGGGCCAGGGCGACUUCCUGCGCUCCCGGAACCACCUGCUCCGCACCAUCUCGGCCCAGCCCAGCGGGCCUGGCCACCGGCAUGAGCGGACGCAGAGCCAGGCGGACAGCGAGCAGCGGGGACAACGCAGCAUGAGCAUGGCGGCCGGCUGCUGGGGCCGCACCAUGGCCGGCCGGCCCGAGCCAGGGGCCUCCACGGGCCCCAAGUAGGGCACCGUGAGUGAGGCGCUGUGGUCUCCAUGGUGCUAGGCCAGGGCGGCCCGCCCUGCCAGGAGGCCUGGCCUGGGCAUGCACGGUCGGCUGGGGCCAAGCUCGUCCCAGGCCCGUAGGAGGACAUGGGCCGUGCGACACAUGCCCUCCCAGCCCUGCCUCACGUCCUAGAGUCUACAGAGCUCCAGCUUGUCGUGGCAGCUGGCAGGACAACCAGCCCUGGGAAGACAGAGGGACCAGGACCCUGGAACGUGGACUGGCCCAGAAGGCACUCCUGGACGCUUGCCCUGCGUUGACCUCCCAGCAUCCUGACACCAGGCUUGGGCACUUCCUGUCCACUAGCUCACCCUGACCCCCCAGGUCCCCUCCCACUCGGUAGCAGCUCCAACGGGACAGCCUGCUUCUUGUUAACUCAAGUUACUCAACUGUUCGACCUCACUGGUUUUGCACUGAUUUUUGAGAGCGGAGACCCAUUCCCAUCUCCUAUGGCUACAGACUUCAUGAUGUGCAUGAAAAUUCAACGUUUGCUGAUCCAGGACCUGUCGCCACACGGAAGGCUCCAGGACGGAGAAUCCUUGUACAAGCAGGAGAGAAAGGCCAUAUUGUAAUUUCUGCAGCUCCGCCUGGCCCACCAGCCCAUGGCAGCCCCGGAUCCCGGUCCCUUCCACCUGCCCCACCUGGAACCCAGUCCGGCUGUGGGCCUGGCGUUAUCUCAGACCCCAGGCCCAGCCCAGGCCGUGAGGCCGGUGAAGCCCAGAAGUGGCUCCUGAGAAGCCCUGCCUCGGGCUGCAGGGCCUGGACAGGCCGCCCUCCUCUUCUGCUCCUCGCCUGCCAUCAGCCAAGGCCCCGUGCCUCGGCCCUCCCUCCCGCGUUUCUACACCUUUCUACUUCUCUGAUCUGAUUUCUAUGAGGUUUUUUUAAAAUAAGCAAUCCUUGGCUGCUUCCUUUUCUUAACUCUUUCAGUACCAAACGCAGCCCCUCCACAGGAAAACACCCAGCACUGUGACGGAGUCCAGCCUGGUUCUGGGUCCCAGGGCCUGCCCCUGCCCAGGCAGCGGGGCGCGGGCUCCCCGCCUCACCUGACCCCGUGAAUUCCCCAGAAUUUCUACUCUGGGAUGAGUGGGGUGCACACUUAGGUUUUUUUAAUGCCAAUUCCAUUUUGAUGCUGAAUCUAAAAAGCCACAACUCGCUUAGUUAGCUUGAGGGCAGGCAGCCACAACUUCAUUUCCCGCCUAGUAAGGACCAUGCCAUCCUGCGCACUGGGUCUGAGCAGCAGCAACCUUUCCUUCCCAGAACCGAUGGCCAUCUCAGCUGUGGCGCCUGGCUCCAGGCAGCCUCUCUGCUGCUCCACCCACCGGCUCCGAGAGCAGAGGAGCCUGCCGGGCCUCAGCCAGCCAUCCAGUGAGCAGGCUCCUUCUGUGAGAAGCUGCUGCCAACCUGGACAUGGCCUCAGGGUCUUGUGGGCUGGGACAGGGAGGCGCACAGACAGAUGUUAACACUUUCCCGUGUGUAGAUAUGUACAGCCAAAGGGUUGUGUAAAUGUUCUGCAAAAGUGGGUCUGUACAGAGUGAGAGCUAUUUAUUUUGUGCAGAGAAAAACAUCUGGAGGGAUGGGACCUUCAGGGUUUAUUCUUAUUUAAGAUGUAGCUUUUUGUUGUUGUUUCAGGCGUUAUGUAUAAAGCGACGAUUAUUUUAUGGACCAAGUUUUAAUGUAACUGUUGCAGUGAAAGUGCAAUAUCUAACCCCCUGCUCCCAGCGGGACUCCCUCGGCCCGACAAUCACAGCCCCGGUGAGGGGCCCCGUGGCCAGUGCCUCCUCCUCUGUCGGUUCCACCUCACCCCAUCUCGCCUGUCGCCUUGGUGACCGUCUGUCACCUCGGUGACCAGCCAUCCGGAGGAGCACCUGGAAGAGUCUUGACCCGCCUGCAAUAAAGGCCAGGAGGCCUCCUGGCCCUGGGAGGCCUUGUGGGCAGUGGGCUCGGCCUCUCCCAGCGGGAGGCUCCCCUACGGCUCUGACCUCCCAGCCUGCCUGCCUACCCAGCCGCCGGCCAUGCCAAGGACAACAGCAAUAGUCCCUUGGGCCUCUCCCAGCGGCCCUUAGCCAUAGAUGGUGAGGUGGGCAGCCCGCCCUCCCCGUUGACGUCUCUCUAUAUCCAGGUCUGCUUUCUGCUUCCUUUAAGAUUCCUUUUGGCACAUUAUCCUCUUAAGGAAGCACCAGUUUUUUUGGAAACUAAGAGAGGGAGGACAGAGUCCUUUAAAAAUACCAAAAAAUGUUUACAGCAUUGGGUGCUGAGCUGCAGGGCUCAGGCCCGACCAGUCGUAACCAAAGGGUGAGGCAGGCCUCGCUGACUGCCACCCCACCCCAGGCCUGUUAGAGUAGAAGCCUUAGUCCCUCUCCCACCCCACCCCACCCUACCCCAGGACUGAGCCCGCCUCCCCAGAUCCAACCACCUGCCUUCUCUUUGAUUUCUAAAGAGGGAUUCAGCAGAGACCCCCCACGCUCCCUUCCCAGCUCGGUCUGAGCUGCCUGCCCGCCGCGUUGCAGUCUGCGUGUCUUGGCCCUUCGUCUGUCUGUCUGGGCCAUGUGUGAGCAGUGUCCUGACUCGCCCCACCCCCCGCCCUUGCUGUCCCUGCUCCAUCGGGCCUGAGUGUGCUCUGUGUACAGUGUUGUUGUCUGUUACACCAAUUAAAGAAGCAGGAAGGCUUC